AUGAUGUUGACGUGUGACUAUUCCGAUGCAUCGGAACAAACUUCAAGAAAAUUUGCUAAGACAUGUGUAGAAAAAAAACGACGUGAUCGUAUUAAUAAAAGUCUUGAUGAAUUAAAAGAUCUUAUGGCAUUAACUGAUGAAAGAGCAAGAUAUCAAAAAUUAGAAAAAGCCGAAAUACUUGAAAUGACUGUAAAUUAUAUUCGAAAUUUAAAACGUACAAUGAAUAAUUCAAUUGAAGAUUAUGAAAAUGGUUAUAGACAAUGUUCAGAAGAAAUGUGGAAAUUAAUUUAUACAUUACCAAAUAUUGUUCCUGAACAACGUGAACGUUUAGCUAAUCGUUGUCGACAAAUGUGGACAAAUCGUCGAUUUACUCAUCAUCAUCAUCAUCAUCCUCAUCCAUAUCAACAACGAACAACAACAACAAUAACAAAUGAACAAUAUUCUCAACAACAAUCAUCAUCUUGUCUUAAAAUUCUUAUUAAUCAUUCAUCAAUAAGCAAUCCUAAUAAUCCAUAUUCUUCAUUACCAUCAUCAGCAUCAUCAGCAUCAUCAUCAUCAUCAUCAAAUGGUUCAUCUAGUUCUCUUAGUCCAUCAUCACCAAAACUUUGGAAACCAUAUAUGUAA